AUGUCGUGCGCUGCUAUCCUUUCCUUGAGCAAAGCUACACCUUCCGCCGGAGGCAGGCGUCUCGCUGAGGAUAAGAUGUUCGGCUUGUACGGACUCCUGGAAGACCCCUCAGCCGAGAUCAAGCCCGAAUAUGGUCUACGCCCGAGCAUAGAAAAGAGCCUUGCAGUGAUGACCGUCGCCAAACUUUCGAAGCCCGGAGACGAAGAGGGGCCACGCUGGGAAUAG